CGAAAUGUUCUUGUUUUGUUACGUCACGAUCAGCCGCCCGAGAGAGAAGUCGUGUCGGUUCUAGUCGUUAUUAAACGCAUUUAAUAUUUACACUCGGAGAAAUAAAGUCUUACAGGCGGCUGAAUUAUCAUCUUUAACUGUUCUUUGAAGUGGCUCUGGUUUAUAAGGCAAUAAAGUCAAAUGAGGAUCCGAGUAACUUACUCCCAAAGUCUCAACAAAUACAUGAAACAAUCAUGGCAUCACCGCAGAUGAAGGAGCGUCCGUCCGGCGUUGUGUUAAACACUAUAUCAAAAGGAGCGUCUCCAGAAUCCAAAUGCCCGAUAUGUCUGGAUCACUACAAAAACAUAUCGUACCUUGAUGUGUGUCUGCAUAAGUUCUGCUUCUGCUGCAUCCGCGAGUGGUCGAAGAACAAAGCCGAGUGCCCUUUAUGCAAGCAGCCGUUUAAUUCAAUUUAUCACACCAUAAAGUCCGAAGAUAACUACCAGAAGUUCGACCUGCGACCAACCGAAAAUGGCUCGUUUGGGAACAUGGCAGGCCAGAGAUUCCGGUAUCGCACCACGCUCACCGGCGAGCGCAGACCCGCGACUAGGAGAACCUCGUCCCCUCCUGACCACGGGGUCUUAUUCGAGGGCCUGAGAGGGUCUGUUCCUCAGCGGCACAAUAGAGAUCUCCACAGCAUGUUGAGGAGGUUAGCAGAGGAGAGACAGCGGAGAGAGAGAGAGGGAAGGUCUCAGCGAAGUCUUCAGGAACAGCAAGCGGUUAAAUUCAGACGGGCUUUGUACAGGAGAGGCGUGCGAGUCCAGAACGUGGAGGACGGCGGCCGCAGCAGGGAGACUUCUGCAGAGUUCUUCAGGAGAAAUCCUGCUUGUCUCCACAGGCUUGUGCCUUGGGUGAAACGAGAGCUGACUGUCCUGUACGGUUCUCACGGGUCGCUAGCAAACAUAGUGCAGCACAUCAUCAUGACUCUGAUCACUCGGCAUAACUUGGACGAGCAGCCUGUUCUGCAUGAGCUCCGGCCCUUCCUGUUAACCCAUACAGAGCACUUCCUGCACGAGUUCCUUAGCUUCGCUCGGUCCCCGUUCAACAUGGAGGCGUAUGACCAGCGCGCCGUUUACGACUUGCCUCAGGCCUCCGGAGAGAUCAGCCGCUCGGAAACCUCUGUGAUCUCGAUCUCUGAGGAUGAGAGCGAUGCAUUAGUGUCAGGUUCCCAGGAUUAUGGCACUCCUAGUGUGACCUUAAGCCAAGCCCCGUGGGAUGAUGAGACCCCAGGGCCAUCCUACUCCUCAGAGCCCUCUCAGGUGCUGCCUUUCCAUGUGAGGGACUCGGAUUCUGAUAGUAGUGUCGGGGAAGCAGUAGAGUCUGUGCCACAUCAGGACCGUCUGACAGAUCCUGGCACUGUAGAAGAGGAGCAUUCCUCUGGCAGUGAUGAAGACUGUGUGAUUGUUGGAUAUGUUAAGCCAGCUUUAGAAAGGACACCGGAACUGGUCCUGCUUUCCUCUGAUUCAGAACAAUCUGAGCAGAACGCUGAGCCACAGAGUCCUGAUCUGUCUCCCGCUGACACUCAGAGGAACACCUUGUCUCGCUCCAGAGAAGAUAAAUCUGGUGAAAGGCAUCAUGAGAGACAGCUGUCGGGAUCUAGAAAUCGAUCGUCUCGCAGCACUAGGACUCACUCCUCUUCUCAUGGCAGGGAACACCAAUUGUCUAAAAAGAGCAGGCAUAAGCGGAGACGAGAAAAUGAGUCAAGUUUCCACUCCUCGUAUAGCCAUUACAGUCAAAGAGACCGCAGCAGGAGAUGCUACACAGAGACAUGCUCAUCCUACACCAGCUAUUACAGAAGUGUACAUCGCUCUCGUUCUCAAUCGCAUCGUAGAAGACGAAGCAGGGACCGUCAGGAAAGAAGACGCUCGAGAAGUAAUUCUAGAAUCAACUCUUCCAACCGUCACUCGAGAAGUAAUUCUAGAAUCAACUCUUCCAACCGUCACUCGAGGAGUAAUUCUAGAAUCAACUCUUCCAACCGUCACUCGAGAAGUAAUUCUAGAAUCAACUCUUCCAACCGUCACUCGAGGAGUAAUUCUAGAAUCAACUCUUCCAACCGUCGCUCGAGGAGCAAUUCUAGAAUCAACUCUUCCAACCGUCACUCGAGGAGUAAUUCUAGAAUCAACUCUUCCAACCGUCAGGACAGAAGUCACUCGAGGAGUAAUUCUAGAAUCAACUCUUCCAACCGUCAGGACAGAAGUCACUCGAGAAGUAAUUCUAGAAUCAACUCUUCCAACCGUCACUCAAGAAGUAAUUCUAGAAUCAACUCUCCCAACCGUCACUCGAGGAGUAAUUCUAGAAUCAGCUCUACCAACCGUCAGGACAGAAGACGCUCGAGGAGCAAUUCUAGAAUCAACUCUUCCAACCGUCACUCGAGGAGCAAUUCUAGAAUCAACUCUUCCAACCGUCACUCGAGAAGUAAUUCUAGAAUCAGCUCUACCAACCGUCAGGACAGAAGACGCUCGAGGAGCAAUUCUAGAAUCAACUCUUCCAACCGUCACUCGAGGAGUAAUUCUAGAAUCAACUCUUCCAACCGUCACUCGAGAAGUAAUUCUAGAAUCAGCUCUACCAACCGUCAGGACAGAAGACGCUCGAGGAGCAAUUCUAGAAUCAACUCUUCCAACCGUCACUCGAGAAGUAAUUCUAGAAUCAACUAUUCCAACCGUCACUCGAGGAGCAAUUCUAAAAUCAACUCUUCCAACCAUCUGGACAGAAGUCACUCGAGAAGUAAUUCUAGAAUCAACUCUUCCAACCGUCACUCGAGAAGUAAUUCUAGAAUCAACUCUUCCAACCGUCACUCGAGGAGUAAUUCUAGAAUCAACUCUUCCAACCGUCAGGACAGAAGUCACUCGCAAAGUAAUUCUAGAAUCAACUCCAGCUCACAUCAGACAUCACAUCAUGAUGAUCAUGGAAGGAAAAAGAAAUACAAAACGAAGCAUCAUGAGGAACCCUCAAGGAAAAGUUCUAGUCAAUUGGUCACCGAUUCUAUUGAUGAUGGUGCAAAAAAGAAAACCAAGAAGCACCAAAAGUUCAAGAGGAAAAGUAGGAGUCCAAGCAUAGAUGACAGAUCUGAGGGGAAACAUCACAAGAAGAAGAAGAAGAAGAAGAAGAAUAAGAAACACAAGAGGAAGAGCAGGGAACACGGUAGUGAGGAGAGGGUGGGAAAAAACAGCCCAGUUUUCAUUACCAUUCCUAGUGACAGCGACGAAGCUGACCCCAGUGAACCGUCAGCCAGGAAUAUCAGUGCAGCUGACUCCACAGUCACGAUAGCAGACAGAGCCACAGACUCUCAGCCGCUAGACGUGGAGCAAGAGUCAGCUGCUGGAGCUGAAUGGAGUUCUGUGUGUGAUGCAGGGAAUCGUCCCCACACAGAUUAAUGCCAGUGUGAUUCUGAGUUUAUCUCAAUUUGUGGCAAAUCAAGACAGAGACUAUUGUUGUAAUGCCCACAUGUGUUUCCAGUGUUUUAUAAAUGGAGAAGAGAUUUUUAAAUGUGAUUUUGAUUUGGAGUUCAAACUUUUGUAUUCGAUAUAUUUGCAUUUGUGAUUUUGGAAAUGUAUUAAUUUCAAACUCCCCUAUGCAAGCAAAUUAACAGUCACUAAUUUUAAAAAUUGUCGCAAAUUAAUAAAAGGAUCAUAAAAGUGUC